ACCGAUGUAUCAUGUCUACAUCAGGUUGCUCGCAUCUGAAUCCACCCCUUGAUCUGCUAUAACUGUGUCCAUUCGUAUUCCGCAUAUCAUACAGUAGCACUGAUGAUCAUGGCGCCCACCUAUUAGUCCCCUCUAUUCCCACUCCCACCCCUUCAUCGCUCUUCGAGCAUUUGAGCCUCCGGCUUUGAUUCUCUACAUGCAUGCAUUCAAAGAGCAGGAAAAGGCAAAUGAAGACAUGGAACUUCCCUAUCACGGCCGAAAACAUCAAUCUAACUCAAGAACACCGCUGCGAUCCUUGUCAUCAACCGUCCUGGCCCUGCUUUCAAUAGGCCUACUGCUCAGCCCCGUCGUCGCCACUGCACUUCGGUAUAACCCUUCGUCGACCACGGUAGGGUUUAGCGGCGGUGUUAUCAAGUCUACCGUGGUGGGGAUUGUGGAAAAGCGUGGCGAUGUAGGCAACUUACAGAGCUACACCGGUGAUAAAGGAGGCCUUGCACCGCCUAUUAACAGAACAAACGACCCAAUGCGACCGUUUGCCGUUGGAAAUAAUACAUUUACAGACCUUAUCUCAGCAGGACAGCGAAGCUGCAAUAUUCAAUUCAACAAAUGUCAGCGGGCAGCAAAUCAGAAUACAAACAUAAGCUAUACAGUUUCCGACUGUCAAACUCAGAAAAGCAGCUGCUUCGCAGCACAGGGAAAUGUUAAUAAAGCCGUUGCAUCGACGGGUUCGUCAUCUGAAUCUACUAGCACGAGCACGAGUUUAAGCACCAGUACAAGUACAAGCUUAAGCACUACUUCAACGUCAGCUUCAGCUUCAGCUUCAACUUCAACUUCAACAUCAACUUCAGCUUCAUCCUCAACGUCCAUAUUAGCCACAGCAUCAACAACUACUAGCAGCGUUAGCAGCGUAUCUACAACGACUGCACCUCUGAUCACAACAUCGAGUGCUAGUUCCACUACGCAGUCCACCAUCCAAUACACGACCAUCACUCAAAACCAGGAUAUCUUAAAAUGUGAAUUAUAAAAAGCUUUGAAUGUACAUAACAUCUAUACACAUUUAUAUAAUGAAUAAAAAGAAGACGCAUAUUAUGAUAUAGAACUGUCUU